AUGGGGAGUGAAGGGAAGCUAGAGGAAAGUACAGCACCCUUAUUGGACUAUUCAUAUUCGAACGUAAGUUCAGAGUAUGAAGAAGAAGAAGAAGAUGACCAUGAAAAGCAAGAUCUGAAACGGAGGGUCUGGAUUGAAUCAAAGAAGCUUUGGUACAUCGUUGGCCCUGCGAUUUUCAGCCGCAUCACUUCUUAUUCUAUGAAUGUCAUCACCCAAGCUUUUGCUGGUCACCUUGGUGACCUUGAUCUUGCUGCUAUCUCCAUUGUCAAUAAUGUCAUUGUUGGCUUCGACUUUGGCCUGUUGUUGGGGAUGGCAAGUGCUUUGGAGACUUUAUGUGGGCAAGCUUAUGGGGCAAAGAAAUACCACAUGUUGGGUGUAUAUAUGCAAAGAUCAUGGAUUGUUCUCUUCGCCUGUUGUCUUUUGCUUUUGCCCAUUUACAUAUUUGCAACACCAGUUUUGAAGCUACUGGGACAGCCUUCAGACGUAGCUGAGCUCUCAGAGGUUCUUGCAGAGUCAGCUGAAGACGGCGGUGAUUGCUUGGGUGUCCCUGGUGGCACUGGUGGUUCAUGUGGUGGUGAGCUGGGUGUUGGUGUAUGGGUUGAAGCUUGGGGUGCCUUUUCUGGUCUUUGGGACUUCUUCAAGCUGUCUGCAUCUUCUGGACUCAUGCUUUGUUUGGAGAAUUGGUACUACAGAAUACUAAUUUUGAUGACCGGCAACCUGAAGAAUGCAACAAUUGCGGUGGAUGCCUUGUCCAUAUGCAUGACAAUCAAUGGGUGGGAGAUGAUGAUACCUCUUGCCUUCUUUGCUGGAACUGGCAUGACAAUCAAUGGGUGGGAGAUGAUGAUACCUCUUGCCUUCUUUGCUGGAACUGGGGUAAGAGUAGCCAAUGAACUUGGAGCAGGCAAUGGAAAAGGAGCCAAAUUUGCAGCAAUAGUCUCAGUGAUAACCUCUAUAGUGAUUGGACUCUUUUUCUGGCUACUAAUUAUGAUUUUUCACAAUGAAAUUGCCAUCAUUUUCUCUUCAAGCAAGCCUGUCCUUGAAGCUGUGAACAAGCUCUCAAUCCUCUUGGCCUUCACUAUUCUCCUCAACAGUGUUCAACCAGUUCUCUCAGGGGUCGCUGUUGGAUCGGGGUGGCAAUCUCAGGUGGCGUACAUUAACGUAGCAUGCUACUAUAUGGUUGGUGUUCCACUUGGAUUUAUGAUGGAGUGGGUUUUCCACCAAGGAGUAAAGGGUAUUUGGGCCGGGAUGAUAUUUGGAGGAACGGCACUUCAAACUUUGAUAUUAGCUAUCACAACCCUUCGAUGCAACUGGGAAAAAGAGGCAGAGAAAGCAAGCAAGCAUGUGAAAGAGUGGGCAGACUCGAGCUAAAUAAUUAUCCAAAAUGCAAUUCAUGCCAAUUUUGUAAGCAAAAAUUAAUAGGGAGGGUAAUUUGUGCUCUGCACAUGUUGAGGAUAAUAACUGUGUAUAUGCACCAAAAUAUAUCGAUUAGACUUCGAUUCACCCCGUAAAUUGGCGAGAGGGUCAAAUCUUUGUGCCUCCAAAUUGGCAGCAA